UCCGAGUGAGAACCCCCCUUAAACCCUAGUUCCUCAAAUGCUGUGAUCUACAGCUCAGUCAGCUAAACCCCAUGGCCUUAGCAAGAAACCUUCUCUUUCGUCGCUUGCAUUCGCUUCUGGAGCCCCAAAAUGUCGCCUUCGUCUAUCACAUUAUCCUUUCAAACCCUCCUCACUCCUACAAAAUCCCUCCGUCUCAUCGCAGACCCUUCGCCUCUUCCUCUCAAGCCCUCGCAGAAUCAGACCGAAAGCAUGCCUUAAAGUCGUUGCAUUCUCUUUUUCAGAGACCUCCAGAACGGAGAAGCGUUCCGAAAAACGAGAAGCUCAAGGGAAAAUUGAAACGGGAUGAAGCCGCUGGUUUAUCUGGGAAAACAGGGAGCAAGGGCAGUGAAGUUGGAACCGUAAAAGACGUCGAGAAGAAGAAGAAACCGGAGAAGAAAUUGGUGAAAUCCAGGCAAUCGAAAGUAAAAUUCAUAGAAGAGGAGGAGAUCGGUAAGGGGGAGCUCCAGGAAAAUCCGAAAGAAGGUGAAGCCGGGGGUUUGUCGGAGAAGACAGAGCAUAAGAAAAGUGAAGUUGGACGCGUAGAAGACAAAAAGAAGAAGCCGAAGAAGAAAUUGAAGAAACCCAGGGAAGUAAAAUUCAUAGAGGAGGAGGAGGGGGUAGUUAAGGUGGAGCAGCCAAAGAAACCUGAACCAAAGAGAUUGUAUGAUUUGUUUGGUCAAGGGGAGGAAUCGAAGGAAGCUAAUCUGGGGAGAUUAAGUCAUGGAAUCACUCCUGUUGAUGAAACGCAUGAAGAAGUGAAACAGAGGGAGCCAGUUGGUUUAAAGAAGCUUUCGUUGGACAUGGAAACGUUUCUAUCUUAUUUAUACAAAGAAGGGUAUUUUAGAGAUGCCAAAACAGUUUGAUCUUAGCUUGUUCGAUAUUGAAUACGCCCGGCAUUAUACAUUGUCAGCGGUGCAGAAGUUCUGCAGAGACAAGCAAGAAAUCUCCAAAUGGCUUUCAGGAAGUCAUCUGAAAGAGGUGGCAAUGUUUGGCUGCCCGUCUGCCAAGAGGUCUCAAGUCAAUCCUUGCAAAAGACUGCGAUACUUUUUUAAGAUUCCAGAGAACACUGUUUGCAGUAGAUGCAUGCUGAGAGAUUCAUGCAAGUUUGCGGAUCAAAGUGUUUGGCGGACUGAUAGCAACAAUUUGGAUCUGGCUAUGGCAAUGAAGGUCAUUUGCUCUUAUGCCUUGUCUUUAGUGCAUCCUCAGCUGGUUGUUCCAGAUAAAGUAAACAAUUCAGUCAACCAGUUGCUAAAGGAGGUUCUGAAACUGAGUAAAACCUUAUGAUAAUGGUUCUGGGUAUAUAACCAAAAAUGAUACGCCUUUUUCCCCCUACCUCACAAUUUUAUCUGAAGAAUUAAGAUAUAUACAGAACAUGUGAUGACCUGAUGAAUUACAGCCUUCAAGUUAUAGGGGAUUCAUCUGUGAUCGGUUGCAAAUGUAAUCAGGCCUUACAAAUCCUUUUGAAGAUUGCUUUUCCGACUAGCCAAGCAUUAUAUUUGCAAUACAAAUCAAGAAAAAAAUGAUCCCAUGUCUGCAAAAUUAAUAAAUAAAAAAAAAAUUCUCACA